CACCGCCACCACCAACACACGCACGCGUGCGGAGACGGAGAGACGCGCACGGGCUCGGACGGAGACUCACAGCAGCGGGAGCAGCAGCAGCAGCAGCACGAGCGGGUGUGAGCAGCCUGAGAAGACUGCCCUUGCCCCCGCCUUGGACAAUCACCCCGACCGGCGGAUGAGAGUGCGUGUCUCGUGAAGCAACGGUCACGCGAAAAACGAGGCAGCCAUGAUGUCGGCCACGGCGGAACCGCAGUACGACAAUGUGGAGAGCAGCCAGCAGCAGCAGCAGCAGUUUGUCGAGACGAACAACCGCUGGGACCUCAUGGAGGAGGACUGGGACAACGAGAACAGCUCGGCGAGGCUGUUCGAGCGCUCGCGCAUCAAGGCCCUCGCAGACGAGCGCGAGGUCGUGCAGAAGAAGACCUUCACCAAGUGGGUGAACUCGCACCUGGCCCGCGUCUCGUGCCGCAUCAGCGACCUGUACCUGGACCUGCGCGAUGGACGCAUGCUCAUCAAGCUCCUCGAGGUUCUGUCCGGGGAGAGGCUGCCGAAGCCGACCAAGGGCAAGAUGCGGAUCCACUGCCUGGAGAACGUGGACAAGUCCCUACAGUUCCUCAAGGAGCAGAAGGUCCACCUGGAGAACAUGGGCUCACACGACAUCGUGGACGGCAAUCACCGCCUCAUCCUGGGCCUCAUUUGGACCAUCAUCCUCCGCUUCCAGAUCCAGGACAUUCACGUCGAGACCGAGGACAACAGAGAGACCAAGUCGGCCAAGGACGCUCUGCUGCUGUGGUGUCAGAUGAAAACGGCCGGGUACACCAACGUGAACAUCCACAACUUCAGCACGAGCUGGAGGGACGGCCUGGCCUUCAACGCGCUCAUCCACAAGCACCGGCCCGACCUGAUUGACUACGAGCGGCUCAAGAAGUCCAACGCUCACCACAACCUGCAGAAUGCCUUCAACCUCGCCGAGCAGAAGCUGGGGCUCACCAAGCUGCUCGAUCCCGAAGAUAUCAACGUGGACCAACCGGACGAGAAGUCCAUUAUCACCUAUGUCGUCACCUUCUACCACUACUUCUCCAAGAUGAAGGCCCUGGCCGUGGAGGGCAAACGCAUUGGCAAGGUUUUGGACAACGCCAUCGAGACGGACAAGAUGAUCACCAAGUACGAGUCGCUGGCCUCCGAGCUGCUGCAGUGGAUCGAGCAGACCAUCAUGGUGCUCAACAAUCGCAAGUUCGUCAACUCCCUGACGGGAGUGCAGCAGCAGCUGCAGGCCUUCAACACCUACCGCACGGUGGAGAAGCCGCCCAAGUUCAUGGAGAAGGGGAACCUGGAGGUGCAGCUGUUCACGAUCCAGAGCAAGAUGAGGGCCAACAACCAGAUCGUGUACACGCCGCGCGACGGCAAGCUCAUCUCCGACAUCAACAAGGCGUGGGAGCGGCUGGAGAAGGCGGAGCACGAGCGGGAGCUGGCGCUGCGGGACGAGCUCAUCCGCCAGGAGAAGCUGGAGCAGCUGGCGCGGCGCUUCGAUCGCAAGGCGGCGAUGCGCGAGGCCUGGCUCAGCGAGAACCAGCGGCUCGUCGCGCAGGACAACUUCGGCUUCGACCUGCCGGCGGUGGAGGCGGCCACGAAGAAGCACGAGGCGAUCGAGACGGACAUCGCGGCCUACGAGGAGCGCGUGCUCACCGUGGUGGACGUGGCGUGCGAGCUGGAGGCGGAGGACUACCACGACGUGCGGCGCAUCACGGCCCGCCGGGACAACGUCCUCCGCCUUUGGGACUACUUGCUGGAGCUGCUACGCGCCCGGCGCCGCCGGCUCGAAGUCAAUUUGGCGCUACAGCGAGUCUUCCAGGAGAUGCUGCACAUCAUGGACUGGAUGGACGAGAUGAAGGUGCGGCUGCUGUCCCAGGACCACGGCAAGCACCUGCUGGGCGUGGAGGACCUGCUGCAGAAGCACGCGCUCGUCGAGUCGGACAUCGGCGUGCAGGCGGAGCGCGUGCGCUCCGUCAACGCCACCGCGCACAAGUUCGCCGACAACGAUGAAGCGUACAAGCCGUGCGACCCGCAGAUCAUCCUGGAGCGCGUGGGCCACCUCGAGUUCUGCUACGGAGAGCUGGCGGCGCUGGCGGCGGAGCGGCGCGCCCGCCUCGAGGACUCGCGCCGCCUCUGGCAGCACCUGUGGGAGCUGGAGGAGGACGAGGCGUGGAUGCGCGAGCAGGAGCCGGCGCUCGCCUCCGCCGAGGUGGGGCGCGACCUCACGUCCACGCUGCGGCUGGCGGCGGCUCAGCGCGCCCUCGAGGACGAGAUGAGCGGGCGGCGCGCACGCCUGUCGCUCACCGUGGCCGGCGGGGAGGAGCUGGCGCGCCAGGGACACCCGGGCGCCGACCGCAUCCGUGCGCGCUCCGCCGAGGUGCAGGCGCAGUGGGCGCGCCUCGAAGACCUCGCCAGGCUGCGGCGCGAGCGGCUGCAGGAGGCGCUGGCGCUCUACCAGUUCCAGGCGGACGCCGACGACAUGGAGGCGUGGAUCGCCGAGGUGUUCCGCCUCGUGUCGAGCGACGAGGUGGGCACGGACGAGUACUCGACGCAGGCGCUCGUCAAGAAGCACCGCGACGUCACCGAGGAGAUCGCGCAGCACCGGUCGGCGCUGGACGGCCUCUACGAGAUGACGCAGUCGCUGCCGGCCGAGGCGGCCAACUCCCCCGAGAUCCGCGACCGCCUGGAGACGAUCGAGGGCGAGUACCGCGACCUCGUGGAGCUGGCGCUCGUGCGCAAGCAGCGGCUGCAGGACGCGCUGGCGCUCUACACCAUGUACAGCGAGGCGGACGCCUGCGAGCUGUGGAUCGACGAGAAGGAGAAGUGGCUUGACGCCAUAGUCAUCCCCGAGCGCCUGGAGGACCUGGAGGUGGUGCAGCACAGGUUCGAUAGCUUGGAGCCGGAGAUGAACGGGCAAGCGUCGCGCGUCGCCACGGUAAACGACAUCGCUCAGCAGCUCGCCAACACGGGUCACCCGAGCGAGGGCGACGUCCGCCAACGCCAGGACAACCUCAACAAGCGGUGGGCGCUCUUCCGCGAGCUGGUGGAGAGGAAGAAGGGCGGUCUCUACUCGGUGCUCAGCAUCCAGAAUUACUUCUUCGAAGUGACCGAGACCAUGGCCUGGAUCCGUGAGAAGACCAAGGUGAUCGAGCUGACCGCCGAGCCGGGCAGCGACCUCGCGGGGGUCAUGGCCCUGCAGCGCAAGCUCACGGGGAUGGAGCGCGACCUCGCCGCCAUCCAGGCGAAGAUGGGCGACUUGCAGACGGAGUCGGAGCGACUCAUUGUGGAGCACCCGGAGCAGGCGGACGCCAUCCGCCAGCGCCUCAACGACAACCUGGAGGUGUGGGACGAGCUGCAGCGCACGCUGCACUCGCGCGAGGCCUCGCUGGGCGAGACGAGCAAGCUGCAGCAGUUCCUGCAGGCGCUCGACGACUUCCAGGCGUGGCUGUCGCGCACGCAGAUGGCCAUCGCCAGCGACGAGCCGCCCUCCAGCCUGCCCGAGGCCGAGACGCAGCUGGCGCAGCUCGAGGGCCUGCGCAACGAGAUCGACAACAACCAGGAGGAGUUCCAGCGGGUGAGGGACAUGGGCGCGCUGCUCACGCAAGACCCAAGCGACCCGCAGCACGGGCAGCUGCAGGAGCAGCUGAAGUCACUCGACGCCGGCUGGGACGACGUCCAGGCGCUGUGGGAGAGCCGCCACCGGCAGCUCACGCAGGCGCACGGCUUCCAGACGUUCCUGCGCGACGCCAAGCAGACCGAGGUGUUCCUCACCAACCAGGAGUACGCGCUGAGCCACGCGGAGAUGCCACAGACGCUGGAGGGCGCCGAGGCAGCCAUCAAGAAGCACGACAACUUCAUGAACAGCAUGGACGCCAACGACGAGCGCAUCCACGGCGUCACCGAGCUGGGCGCUCGCCUCGUCGGUGACGGCAACGUCAACGCGGACAAGGUCUCCGACAAGGUGGACACCAUCCAGGAAUGGGCGAGGAGGAACCGCGAGGUGGCUGGGGACGUCCUGGUGAGGCUCAGGGACAACAGGGACCUCCAGAAGUUCCUUCAGGAGUGCCGCGAGCUGACGUGCUGGGUGAACGAGAAGAUGCUGACGGCGCAGGACACGUCGUACGACGAGGCCAGGAACCUCCACUCCAAGUGGCUCAAGCACCAGGCAUUCAUGGCGGAGCUGGCCUCCAACAAGGAGUGGCUGGAGAAGAUCAAGAAGGACGGCGAAGCGCUGGUGACGGAGAAGCCCGAGACGGAGCCCGUCGUGCGCCGGGAGCUCGCCGAGCUGCAGCGGCUGUGGCGUGAGCUCGAGUCGACCACGCAGGCCAAGGCGCAGCGCCUCUUCGACGCCAACAAGGCGGAGCUGUUCACGCAGAGCUGUGCCGACCUCGACAAGUGGAUCGGCGAGCUCGAGUCGCACACGCAGUCGGACGAGUACGGGAAGGACCUCACCGGCGUCAACAUCCUGCUCAAGAAGCACCAGAUGAUCGAGAACCAGAUGGAGGUGCGCAAGCGCGAGGUGGAGGAGCUGCAGACGCAGGCGUCGGCGCUGCGCCAGGAGGGCCAGGGCUCUGACGAAGCGGACGGCCUGGAGCGCGUGGUGGUGGUGAGGCUCCACCAGGUCAUGCAGCCCCUGCAGCAGCGGAAGGGCAAGCUCCUCGCAUCCAAGGAGGUCCACCAGUUCAACCGCGACUUGGAGGACGAGAUUCUCUGGAUAGAUGAUCACAUGCCCCUGGCGUCGUCGACCGACCACGGGCACAACCUCCAGACCGUGCAGCUGCUCAUGAAGAAAAACCAGACCCUGCAGAAGGAGAUGCAGGGCCACGAGCCGUGGGUGCACGACGUGUGCGAGCGCGGGGAGCGGCUGGCGGCGGACGGCGGGCCCGACGCGGCCGAGGUGCGCGAGCGCAUCGGCACGCUGCGCGACCUCUGGGCCAGGCUGGCGACGGAGGCCGAGCGGCGGCAGGGCCGCCUGCAGGAGGCCCUGCAGGCGCAGCAGUACUACUUCGACGCGGCCGAGGCGGAGGCGUGGAUGAGCGAGCAGGAGCUGUACAUGAUGGGCGACGAGAAGGCCAAGGACGAGCAGAGCGCCGUGGCCAUGCUCAAGAAGCACCAGAACCUGGAGCAGGCCGUGGAGGACUACGCAGAGAACGUGCACCAGCUGUCGGAGAUCUCACGGAGACUCAUCUCCGACGGGCACCCCGAGAGCGAGCGAAUCGGGCUGCGGCAGUCACAAGUGGACCGGCUGUACGCGGGCCUCAAGGACCUGGCGGAGGAGCGGCGCGGCCGCCUGGAGGAGUGGCAGAAGCUGUUUGUGCUCAACCGCGAGGUGGACGACCUGGAGCAGUGGAUCGCCGAGCGCGAGGUGGUGGCCGGCUCGCACGAGCUCGGCCAGGACUACGACCACGUGACGAUGCUGCAGGACCGCUUCCGCGUGUUCGCACGCGACACGGUACUCAUCGGCCAGGAGCGCGUGCAGGCCGCCAACGAGAUGGUGGACGAGAUGAUCGACGGCGGCCACCCCGACGCCGCCUCCAUCGCCGAUUGGAAGGACGGCCUCAACGAGGCGUGGGCCGACCUCCUGGAGCUCAUCGACACUCGCACGCAGGUGCUGGCGGCGUCGUUCGAGCUGCACCGCUUCCUGCAGCAGGCGCGCGAGGUGCUCGGCCGCGUCACCGAGAAGCACCAGCAGCUGUCGGACGACCUGGGCCGCGACCAGCACUCGGUGGAGAGCCUCCAGCGCGUGCACACCGCCUUCGAGCACGACAUCCAGACGCUCGGCUCGCAGGUGAAGCAGAUCGAGGAGGACGCGGCGCGGCUGCAGACGGCGUACGCGGGCGAGAAGGCGGAGGACAUCGCGCGGCGCGAGCGCGAGGUGGCGGAGGCGUGGCGGGCGCUGCUGGAUGCGUGCGGCGAGCGGCGCGUGCGCCUCGUGGACACGGCGGACAAGCUGCGCUUCUUCCGCAUGGUGCGCGACCUCCUGCUCUGGAUGGAGGGCGUGCGGCGACAGAUCGACGCGCAGGAGAGCCCCCGGGAUGUGUCGUCCGUGGAGCUGCUCAUGAACAGCCACCAGGGCAUCAAGGCCGAGAUCGACACCCGCAACGACAGCUUCGCCGCCUGCGUCGAGCUGGGCCAGGCGCUGCUGCAGCGCCAGCACUUCGCUUCCGCAGAGAUCAGUGAGAAACUGAUGGAGCUGACGGAGAAGAGGAAGGAGAUGAUUGACAAGUGGGAGGAGCGAUGGGAGUGGCUCAAGCUCAUCCUGGAGGUGCACCAGUUUGCCCGCGACGCGUCCGUGGCCGAGACGUGGCUGCUGAGCCAGGAGCCGUACCUGUCGAGCCGCGAGCUUGGCCUCAGCGUGGACGACGUGGAGAAGCUCAUCAAGCGGCACGAGGCCUUCGACAAGUCGGCGCUCACUUGGGACGAGCGCUUCGGGGCGCUGCAGAAACUCACGACGCUGGAGCUGCUGGAGUUGCGUCGUCGGCAGGAGGAGGAGGAUGACCUGGAGAGGAAGAGACUCUCACCUCCUCAACCCAGCGAGGAAUUCCAGACCAGAGAAGCUGGAGAUGCGCAUGCCGUGCAAAACGGAGUCGCGGCGGUCGAAGUCGAGUCGGCAAAGGCGGCCGCGGAAGGUGCGGACGGGCUGGCGAACGGCUCCGAAGGCCGGGCGCGGAGGGCGAGGGAGAGCCCCCCGCCGCCAUCGCCCGAGGGGGAGAGGAGGGGCCUCGCGUCGCCGCCGCUGGCGCCGCACACCUCGGCGAGCCUCCCGGCCAAGCCCAGCGAGGUGCUCAUGCUGCCCACGGAGGGCUUCCUGCACCGCAAGCACGAGUGGGAGGCGAGCAACAAGAAGGCCAACAGCAGGUCAUGGAACAACGUGUACUGCGUGCUGAGCACCGGUCAGAUCGCUUUCUACAAGGACCCCAAGAGCGCCGGCACGGGGGUCACGUUUCACAGCGAGAUCCCCCUACCUCUGUCGGGCUCCUCGUGCGAGGUGGCAUCCGACUACAAGAAGCGCAAGCAUGUCUUCAAGCUGCGGCUCGAGGAUGGAAAUGAAUUCCUGUUCCAAGCCAAGGAUGAUGACGAGAUGAACGGCUGGAUCAACAGCGUGAGCACUGCCAUCGUCGGGGUGCCGGCGGAGGCGAGCGGCGGCGCCGGCGGCGGCGGUGGCGGCGGCGACGGUGCAGGCGACGUGGCACGGGCGCAGACGCUGCCUGCGACGGCCGUGAGCGGCGCCGGCGACGCCAGCCCCGGCAAGCGCGAGAAGGACAAGGAAAAGCGCUUCAGCCUGUUCGGCAAGAAGAAAUGAAAAUAAAACGGAUUGUACAAACCCACACCCACCCACCGGCCCACCAACCCCUGACCCCCACUCAUCCCCCCUCACCCCUGCCCCCAUAAUGACGGUGCUCUCUGUGUAACGCGCGCACUCGGGACGUUUCACGCUGCACUGCACGCCGGGCGCGCUGUAAAUCACCGCAAGCCGGCAAGAGAAAAAAAAAACUUCCCAGUCGGCCGCGAAAAAAAAAAGCCAAAUUAUUAUCGUUUUUUUUCUAAGUUUUUAUUCAUCAAAACACUCUGGUGGGACGCGGCUAACGGUGACUGUGUGUGGGGGAGGGCCUCGAGGGUGGCGCGCCCGUGAGAUGCCUUACAGUGACGGUCGCGCAUCUGGCCCUGCGGCGUUGUUUUGUUUGUGCUUCGCGCUGCUCCCCGUGUUUUGUCCACCGCCUCGAGCGCCGAUGGCGACGUCCUCGCCCCCACGUGCCACCCCUCCGUCCUCCUCCGUCUUCCGUCGAUGAUUCCUCCGUUGAGCCCUGGCGCAUUAUUUUCACGCCUGCCCCUCCCCCCGUACACCUGCGCGCGUACCCACGUACGUGCGUGCGCGUGUUUAACCCUCGUGCCUACCUACGUGCCCCUUGCGGCCAAACGUGGAUGGCGGUUCGAAGGCACCGCGGAUGCCCCCCGCCCUGCUUUGAUUGCGCCGACUCCCGCGGUUCGCCGCCGACUCCCGUGCGCGCUGGCGAGGUCGGGAUUUGAGCUUGGCGGCGAUCGUCCUGUGGCUCAGUCUGCCCCCUCCUGUAGGCGCUCCCCGGUGAAGUCAGCUGCACUUGGGGGAGAUUCUCUCCUACGCUGUCCGUUGAGGGGAAAGGGGGCCCUCCUUCUCUCCGAAGCGGUCGCUCGGUUUGGGGAAACCUUGACCAAUCCCGAUCUCUUACUCACUCCCGGCCUUCCCCAGGUCCGUUACAAGCUCCUGCACGAGGUUGAGUCGGCGGCCGAGUGAAACGACAACAACGACAAAAAAGCGCGCGUGUGCGUGUGCGCAUGUGCGCGUGUAUGUGCGCGUUUGAUGCAAUUUUGUUAACUCUGAGCUUUGUCCAAAUUGGGUCACAGAUUGUGGCAGUUGGCACAGAGAGAGGAUGCAGCGUGUUUCAGUGUGGUGCUCUGAGCAGAUGGCAGUGUCGCUGUCCACACAGUUUUUGCGCUGCCGUCGAUGUGUACAGGACUUUUCCCUUUUAUGUUUGGGUUUUUUUCUUGUUUUUGUGCCAGAAGUGUGCGACGAUGUAGAUACAAAAUGACUGGAAGACGAUGGCAGGGGGCGGGGAAGCUCGCGGGGAGAUUUGAGACGAGAGAAGGUGUAGGAUGUGUACAGGAAAGUGGAAUUUGUGAUCUGUGUUGGGUCGAUUGAAUGUGGAUUAAGAGAAUAGCUGUGUGUCAUGAAGAUGCACAAGUUAGACCGGAAAGCUUUCGAAGGUGUUUUUUUUUAUACAAAUGUUUUUAAAAGCAUAUUGCCUAUAUUAGAGUAGGCGAUAAGCCAAACUGAACAGCUCUCAAUUGCGUUAGAGCAUUGCUUUUCGAACUUAAUGGCCGGGAGUUCGUAUUCUUUUUUUGCACCAUUUAAUCUUUUGAAGGGCCCCGUGUAUUUCCCCUUUAAUUUGUUUGACUUUUAUUCUCAAGACUGAACUCUCCUCUUGAGUAUGAUUAGUGUGUGCGUGUGCCUGAGCCCUGUGCCUCUUGAUUUAUACCUUUGAACUGGCAGGUUGGUGGAAUUGCGACGCAUGGAAAUAUAAAUAUUUUAUUCUGCGUAGCCGUGAAAUAUCUCGAGUCUCACGAAGGGGCGGCUGGGGGCGGCAGGGCAUCUAACAUCGCCCUGAUGUCGCCACGGUGGCGAGAUGUUAACUACCUCGCCUGGUAUACAGGAGGUUGUGAGUUCGAUCCCGGACCCAGACGCCUGUUGUAUAUUUGGAGUUGGCAUCGUUCUCUCCGUGGUCGCGUGGACUUUUCUCGGGUCCCUCUGGGUGUUCCCUCCACGUUUAGAUCAACACGCGUUUAGAACAAUUGGCUGCUAUGAAUGUCCACAUGGUGGUAAGCCACUUCAUCGAGCUAUCAUUCGUGAUCGCCAGGUCACUUCUGAGAAAGUGCUACAUAGCUCAGGUGGGUCUUCUUUCCUGAUAAAAUAUUUGAGAUUGAUGACAACAACACGAGUGGGAACCACGCGAUUAUCUUCGCGCCCCGCUCGACACGAGGAGAAGGAACGUCCUGGGAUUGUACACAUACUUGCCGAGGGCUCGCACACUACAACGCUUGGCGAUGGGCCAGCGGCGGCCGCUCGUUUUAUCAUCCCCGUUCGUGUAGAGCUUCAAGUCUUCUCUCUCCGCUUGAGUGUGGCCGCCGCCGCCGCCUUUCGGUCCGACGCUCGCAGUGCGCCAUCGACUUCAGCGCUCGUCGAGAAACGGUCGCCCUCUUCGCCGCCCUCGCAUUUGCUGUCGUCGUUUUCACUCGUGCCGUAUCAUUGCCGUUUACUGUUCACGUUAGCGUUGGGUUUUUUUUUAUUUUUUAAACGGACGUCAAGUUUUAUUGCUGCAUGUUCCUCUGAUUUGUCUUCACGGGGCAGCGUCCCGGAAUGUCUGUGUCCGUGCGUCGCACGCGGACGCGCGGACGUUAACGCUCGCAGGCCGCCGACUGAUAUCCCACCGGACACAUCGCCGACGUGUAUGUACGCAUGUUUGAACUUAUUUCGCACCGUACGUAGCCAGCCGCGUUAAUCGGAGGUGUGGAAUAUCCCACCACAGCCACAUUGAUAUCACACCAGAACGAUACUGAUAUCCCCAUAGAACACCACCGAUAUGUCAACAUAACCACGCUGUUAUGCAACCACAAGAUCACCGAUAUCCCACCAGAACCUCAUCAACAUCCCACCAGGACAUCACACUCAGAUGCAAGCCCUCGAGAGUGAAAGUGCGGCCGUGUUAUUUUAUUCUUCCAGUAAACUGACCACUUUAGUUUCACAGAGCGGUGAUGUUAUAAAGGUAUAUGUAUUAACUUAGAUAAAUAUAUUAAAUGUGAAGGAAUUUAUUAAACACAGUACUCAAUAUUUUUUUUGUUGGGAUAGUGGGGUGUGGUUAGGGGGUAGACACUCUGCAGAGCUUUAGUAGAGGGGGGGAGGGCUAGGUUACUUGCUUUAUGGAUGGCCGAAUGGUAAGAAGUUAUUGCCUUGUAUGCCUGCUUGCUUGCUCGCUUAUCGACUCAACAAAAUAUAUAUAGAGAUAUAACAACAACAACAACAAACCACAACCGUUUCUUUUUUGUAAUUAUGUCGGUGAGAAUGUUGGGGAGCGAUGCCCGACCCGGCGACCCAGAGCGCAGCGCUCGCCGGCGUCAUGUCUCACCAACCAGGCGGCUCCGUCCGGCUCUCUCCUUACCCACGGUGGGACGGAUCGCUUUUAAAAAAAGAGAGAGAGGAGAGAGUGUGUGUGUGUAAGUGGGAGAGAGAAAAAAAAACUCACGGGGCUGCCGAAUCAUUUCCAAAGCUCACGAAGCGGCUCGCUGCAGGAUGAUGAUGCCCGCUUGCCGCUGCCACGAAAACCUUCCUGACACUUGCACGCGUCUCUCUACAAAGCGGCUAGCAGCGGGGAGCGGUGGUGCAGCAGUUAGCGCGCUGCGCUACGAACCCGUGCGUACCCGAGUUUGAUUCCCGCUCGCGGCCAACAUCGGGGACGAAACAUCUGAACCGGUCCCUUGUCUCUCCCAGGUCGACUCGGUCUCAAAUGAGUACCUGGUGUAGCGGUGUGCAGUCAACGUCUGGUUGCGAUGUGUAAACAUCGCCACUGGGGAGACAAAGGCGGCCUGGCGUGGUGUUGGCAGCCAUCCCGCUCGUGUGCCGUGCCGGCCUUAAUAGGUGCUCGCUAACCGCACUUGCCCCAACAGUCUGUUAAAGGCUAUACUGAGUGGGGGUGGGGGGGGAUCUUUGUCUAAGGUCUGUCGAAUAACUCGCAGAGCGACUGCAUGCUCAACGCACACCACGGAUGAUGUAUCGUGACACGCGCGUGAAGUGUGUUGGACAGUGGGCGAAGAGAUGAGGAUGUGAAAUGAAACAAACAUAGGAAUGAUAGCGGUGCUUAGGUAAUGCUAACGACACACACACACACGCACUCAUAACCUACUAAGCAAAAGGGUGGUAGUAUAUUUAAGCAAGCUGUUCCAUUAUGCAUGGUAUUGGGCUUUUAGCUAUUACAAGUUUUCCCAGGUAGGACGUUUAGGCCGACAACAAAUAACUUUUUUUCUCUUUGAAAAAGACGUCUCACUCUCGCUAUUGUUUCAUUCCCUCGUUCUCUCUCCCACUGCCCCUGCCCCCCCAACCCCCGGGUGUCUCCCGAGUGGUGCGCGCUCGGGCCACAUCGGUCUGCCAGCUCAUCCCAGACACGCGCGUGUCGCGUUGAGAACGCGGGGAGCUGCGCGCUUGUUAAAAGGGGGGAACGCGUGCCCUGGUGGAAUCGCCAUCCGAGCCGUACCGAGCAUUCGAAUGCGGCGAGUGAUGAACACCAGCGAGAGUAAAAAUGUUGACUGAAAACUUUCGUGACUCGCAGGGAUUCAUAUUCUUGGUUCUUUCGGUAAAGUCAUGUAGUUAGAAGAAAAAAGAAAAUUAAAAAUUAUAUCAGAAAAAAACCCACGGCAUCGCUUGUGUUGCGAUCGAAACGUCGUGGGAUUUUUGCUUUUUAAAUUGAUGUUUUAUUUUAUAUUUUUUUAUUUUCUGUCUACGUGACUUUACCGAAAGAACCAAGAAUACCAGCGAGAUUCGUCACUUCCAACCCAGGCGCCCCCCCCCCCCCAUUUUUUGUAAUGCGAAGCACGCGGAGGCAUUUCAAACAUUCUCCGCAUUUGUAAAACCGGGGGAGCGAUGAGUGGUUGAGGUCGACAUUCUCAAUCUGGUCACAGGAAUCGGGAGAAUUUGAAAAUUUAAACGCGCGUUAGUGGCGUGGGCAGCGGCGACCUCCUCCCACUCCCUUUCUCCCGUCGGGAUGAGCUGACGGAAUGAGCGCUGACGAAAACUGGAAGCCCUCCCUGUACGUGUAUACUUACUACCCUUUGAGCCUAAUAAAGCAUUACCAUUAUGUACUUUUAA